UAAAGUACAGGAGGAACAUGAUGAGCCUGAUCCACACUCUGUUCCUGCUGCUGCUCUCCUGCAAAACCUGCCACCUUCACCAGGACAGUUUAGGACGAGAGGUGAGACAAUAUAAUAAUAUGGAUGAUGACAGCUUCAUUGGCCUCAUGGGUAAAAGGAGUGUCGGUCUGACUGCAGAUCUGCCACUGAAACGAGACAUGAGCGACGUGUUUGUCGGUCUGUUCGGCCGCAGAAACGCAGACUCAGAUCUCACUGAGUGGAAUCGAGAGAUAAGAGGCUUCAGAAAGAAGCCAAGACUGAUGUGA